GUUACCGUCCCCACUGACCCCUGCCAGGACACCAUCACUGCACUCAAGUGUCAUAGAGAACACAAGGAGCUGUACACCGUCGUCCAGCAUGUGAAACACUUUAACGACGUGGUGGAGUUUGGAGAGAACCAGGAGUUUACGGAUGACUUUGAGUACCUCGCUACUGGUCUGAAGAGUGGACAGCCACUAAACACACGAUGCCUUAGUGUGAUCAGCCUGGCUUCCCGCUGUGCCAUGCCUAGCUUCAGGAUGCACCUCAGGGCCAGAGGGAAGGUAGCCCAGGUCUUCAAAACGCUAAACGACGCCCCACAACACCCGAACUUGGCCCUGUGCACAGCCUCUCUAAUGUAUAUCCUGAGCCGAGAUCGGCUGAAUAUGGACCUGGAUCGGUCUUGUCUGGACCUGAUGAUCCGCCUGCUAGAACUGGAUCAGGAUCAAGGAAGCGGGGCCGGGGCUGACUCCACCGUCCAGUUCAGUGCCAGAGAGCUCGCCAAGAUUAAGGAGAAGAUCAGGAAACUGUGCGACACUGUCCACAACAAACACCUGGACCUACAGAACAUAACGACAGGUCAUUUAGCCAUGGAGACGCUGCUUUCCCUGACCUCAAAACGAGCAGGAGAUUGGUUCAAAGAGGAGCUGCGGCUGCUGGGAGGACUGGACCACAUAGUGGAUAAAGUGAAGGAGUGUGUAGAUAACCUAAACCAGGAGGAUGAGGAGGAGAAGCUGGUGUCGUCGCUGUGGGGAGCUGAACGGUGUUUACGGGUGCUGGAGAGUGUGACGGUCCACAACCCAGAGAACCAGAGCUACCUGAUUGCCUACAAAGACUCGUCCCUCAUCGUCUCUUCUGCAAAAGUGCUGAGGAGGUGUGAGCAGAUGAUCCAGCGUUACAGCCGAGAGGUGAACGCAGAUGGAGCCAUGGUGGGGAAAGCUGUGGAGAACUGCAUGAGAGCCAUCAUCGGAGUCCUGCUCAACCUGACGCACGACAACGAGUGGGGCAGCACAAAGACGGGCGAGCAGGAGCAUUUAAUAGUGACGGCUCUGAACUGCGUUCUUAAAGUCCCUCAGUAUCUUCCUCAGGAGCAGAGGUUCGACGUCAGAGUGUUGGGUUUGGGUCUGCUAAUCAACCUGGUUGAGUACAGCGCCAGGAACAGAUACUUCCUAAUGGAGAUGGAGAUGGAGGGGGGUCAGGGUCCCUGCGACUCUACCGUCCUGCUCAGUCCUCAGGACCAGGACAUCACCAGCACUGGCCCCCUUAGCGCCAUUGCUGCUCUUGUUCAGCUGUUCCUUCAGCGGGAGCGAGCUGCUGUCCUGGCUGAGGCACAGACUGAUGAUCUCAUCAAAGAGGCUCCGAAGCCAGCGUUGGACCAGAGUGGAGAGUGGCAGGAGACGGGUGGGGAGAUCCAGUGGGUUUCCAAUGACAACGGUGCUGAAAAACAGGAUGACAGCAAGAAGAAGAAGCAGCAGGAUGAGGAAGACGAGGAGCUGGACCUAAACAAAGCUCUGCAGCAUGCAGGGAAGCACAUGGAGGACAGCAUCGUGGCCUCAUACACGGCUCUGCUGCUGGGCUGCUUGUGUCAGGGCAGCCCGAUGAAUGUGACUACUGUGAGAGACAACCUGCCAAAAGGAGAUUUCUCCAUCAUGACAGAAAUGCUGAAAAAGUUCCUAAACUUCAUGAACCUCACUUGUGAUGUCGGCACCACGGGACAGAAGUCCAUCUCCCGGAUCAUCGACUACCUGGAGCACUGCUAGAACAGCCUGAAACACACACACACACACGCGCACGCACACACAUGCAUACACACACGCACGCACACGCGCGCACACACACACACACACACACACACACACACACACACACACACACACACACACACACACACACACACACACACACACACACACACACACACACACACACACACACAGUUCCUCUGAGAUCAGGACAUCCAGUUAAAGGACCCUCCCAUCAUUCUCUGACCUGAUCAGCUGAGGACGAUUGGUUCCUCCUCACCGUUCUGCUGACGUUUGGGUUCCCCAGUUUCCAGUUCGUGUCAACCUUGUGUUUUUAUUUCAGGCUUUUAUUUUCUUAAAUUUGCUCAGGAUGUUUUCCUACCAGAUUGUUCAUCUUUUUUCUUUUCACGGGGCUUUUUAAGAUCUCCUCACAGUUCAGCUCCUGUCUGGCCUCAUCUCUGACGAAAGCACUCGCGUCAAUCGAUGGCUGAUUGGAGCAAAGUGCCCGUUUACUUUCACCCUGACAUCCAAGUCCAGAACAAGUCGAGCCGUUAAAAAGAAAACUCCAAAUGGUCACUUUGCUUUGAAAACCUCUCCCUCGCGUCCUCUCUGUGUGGUAUUUUCCCUCCCAUUAGCUGCUGUCACCUCUCGGCUCUGUUAAAGUCUGUGGUAUUGAUCUGUUGUGGGCCAGAAGCUCAGAGAUGAGUCUUAACCCUCAGACUUUGGUUUAGUUAAGAUGGGACCACCUGAGAAAGUGUGUGUCUGUUCGCUUAUUUAUUACAGCAAAUGACAUAAUUUAUUUACAGCCGUUUAGAGCUCAUAGGUUCAUCAGAAAGCGAGACUGCCUUUGGGGUCAGGCUCCGCGGUUUAGUGAGGUCACCUUCUGAGCCCAAUGAGAACUCUUAAUGAUAUCAAAUGAUAUAGCAGUGAUCUAUUUUACUAAAGAGAUCACUGAUAAAAAGAUAUUUCAGAGUUUAAUAUGCGUUCCUUUAACUCAGAUGUUUUAACCAAAAGGGCACAAAAAUAAUUUUUCUGUUUUUGUUUCCUGCUGAAUUGUCUGUUUAGAUCUAAAAUCUGGCCGCUUCCUCUUAAAGUUUCUUAACCUGUUAACCUUCAUAGCACGUGUCAUCUCACACACAAAUGCACGCACUCCUUCAAACGCAAGUUUACAAGAGCUUUAUUCACAGUCUGCAGAAAGAUCAGAAGAGCUUUUUGUAAAUAGUUCCUGUAAAUAAAUUUGAUUUCCUCGUGUAGGAGGAGAGGAAUGAGGGGUACCGGGGUGGGGGCUGUAAGUGUGAGGGGGGGUUAACUUUAAUUUUAGAUGGUAAACUCUACUUUUCUGAAUCUGAUUCUAUUUUUCAUUUUGUAAGCCUUUUCUCCCAGUUGUGUUGAUUGUUUUGGACAGAUUGACAGAAGGUUUCUGCAGGAAAACUUGAUCUUUGUACCAAUUUGCAGACUUGUCUUUGGUUACAUGUAUAUAAUUAAAAAAAUAAUAAAAGUUGCUACUUUCAGUAA